AUGGCAAGUUAUGUCAACACUCUCUCCAAGAAGCAUGUCCUAGUGACAGGCGGCUCGAAGGGUAUCGGCAGAUCCAUAGUAGAAUCCUUCUUAGCCGAGGGAGCGAAUGUCUCGUUUUGCGCUCGCACAAUUCGUGAAGACGAAUUCUCAUCUUUCACGGGCGCCAGUCAUGGAGCACAAGCCGUUGGCUCAAUUGUCGACAUUGGAAACCCAGACGAGAUCAAAGCUUGGGUAAGCCAAGCAGCCGAAACGUUUGGUCGCAUUGAUUCCGUUAUCGCCAAUGCAUCUCCUAUCAUUGUGGAAGCAACAAGUGAGGGCUGGGAGAAGAGUUUUCGUGCCGAUAUACUAGGCUUGAUUACUUUGAUUGAAGCAUCUAUACCCUUCCUCGAGGAGCAAUCGAAAGCUUCGGAGAAUGCGUCCAUCAUCGUGAUCAGCUCUAUGGCGGGAUUUGAGGCGCGUCAUCCGUCAAUCGCCGGACCCUACUCAACUUUGAAGAGAGCCCAGGCCGUCUUGGCUAAAGAUUAUUCCCGAACCCUUGGCCCUCGAGGUAUUCGGAUCAACUCGAUUGCACCGGGGUCUAUUGAGAACCCCAAUAUCACGUUACCAGAUGGCACGGUACAGUGGAGCUCUUAUCAAAUUGUUAAAAGAGACAACUAUCCAUUCUAUAAAGCUCUGCUGGAUGCUGUUCCACUUGGAAGAACAGGCACUCCAGAGGAGAUUGCCAAUACCGUCAUUUUUCUUGCCAGCAGGCUCUCUAGCUACAUCAAUGGGGCUAACAUCGUGGUCGAUGGUGGCAUGUCAAUUACAUUUUAG